AUGGCUUCUUUCAAGUGCUUGAUCUUUGCUGCAUUCUUCAUUGCUUUAUCAUUUGAUGUUGGCUUAGCUGCUCGUCAUCUUCAGCAAUUGCCAUUGCCAAAUUUUCCAAAGCCUACAUUGCCACCAUUGCCUAGUACUGUACCAACUCUGCCACAGCCCACAUUGCCUACAAACCCAUCUCUGCCUAAGCCUACACUGCCUCCACUUCCAAGCUUGCCUACUGUUCCGACGGUUACUUUGCCUCCAUUGCCGAACAUCCCCACUAUCCCAACAAUCCCUUCCAUCCCAUUCCUAUCUCCACCACCUGUUGGCUUGGCUGCUCGUCAUCUUCAGCAAUUGCCACCUUCAGUGCCAAAUUUUCCAAAGCCUACAUUGCCACCGUUGCCUAGUAUUCCAACUCUGCCACAGCCCACUUUGCCUACAAACCCAUCUCUGCCUAAGCCUGCACUGCCUCCACUUCCAAGCUUGCCUACUGUUCCGAAGGUUGCUUCGCCUCCAUUGCCGAGCAUCCCCACAAUCCCCACUAUCCUAACAAUUCCUUCCAUCCCAUUCCUUUCUUCACCACCUGUCAGGGUAGAGGCGCGUCAUCUCCUGGAGACAACAUUGCCUGAGGUACCUGAGCUUCCUAAACCUGAGUUGCCUGAGCUGCCACCACUGCCUAAUGUUGAGCUUCCACCAUUGCCUGAAGUUCCAACCUUGCCAAAACCUGAAAUUCCCACUCUGCCAAAACCUGAAUUGCCACCUUUUCCCCAUCUUCCUGAUGAGCUGCCCAAGCCCACAUUGCCUACCAUACCAACUCUUCCCAAGGACGUCACACCACCUCAGUCAACUACUAGUCCUUAA